AUGCAGAUCUCUCGCUGUGGUAUUCAUGGUUUCCAUGAAGUCCUUGGAAUUGAUACCGAUGAGAUUCGCUUCUACUGGGCCAUUGAGAGCAACGAACGAGGUGCUGCCCAAGUCGCCUAUCGUGUUGUUGUGACGACAGAGGCUAAAUCUCUCGAAUCAGAGAAUUCGGACUCUACAGUCUGGGACUCUGGAUGUGUCGGGAGCAAUGAGCAGAGAAAUAUCACCUGCAAACCCUUCAGCGGGUUCCAAUCUACCUGCAGUCAUUUUUGGAAGGUCACAGUGUGGGACCAGGCUGGAAAUGCCUACCACAGUGCGGUCAACCACUUUUUUACUGCUUAUCCGCGGUCUCAUCUUUUGCCGCCGUAUAGCAUGAACCAGACCUACAUGCCUCACACCAGUCUGAUUUUCCGCUCCUGGUUCGAGGACGAGGCAAAUCGUUGGAAAGCAGUUUGGAUUGGUGAUGGAGGUGAUAAACCAAUUUACCUGCGCAAAUCUUUUGAAUUGGCGCGACGACCAGCGAGGGCCAUUUUGUUUGCGUCUGGUCUUGGCCAUUUCAACAUGUCUGUCAAUGGCCAGGCUGCUUCGGACCAUCGCCUUGAUCCUGGCUGGACCAACUAUCACCGUCGUGUCCAGUUCACUUCUUAUGAUGUGACAGACCAACUUGCCGCAGGUCAAAAUGCCCUGGGCGUUCAUAUCGGCAACGGGUUCUACGCUGGAGACAAGGGCGAUGAUCGUUUCUUCUGGCCUAUGUACGAGGACAAUACGUACGUUCGGUACGGAAAUGAGCUUUGCUUCUUUGGCGAAUUGCAUCUUUUCGACGAGGAUGGAGAACAUACUGUUCUGAUCUCAGAUGCUUCGUGGAAAGUCAGGAAGAGCGCCACCACGCUGGCCAAUAUCUACGCAUCAGAGACGCACGAUCGACGCUUGUAUCCCUCGAACUGGGACUGUGCUGAGUUCGAUGAUGUGGAAUGGGCUCCAGUGAAGCCUCUGACUGGACCCAGAGGCCAGAUUCACUACCAAACUCAGCCUCCGGUUGUACUUCACGAGACCUUUGAGCCGAUUAAAAUAUUUAGUCCAAAGAAAGGGACCGUCUGCUACGACCUCGGCCAGAAUGCAUCCACCAUGGUCAAAAUCGCAGUGGAAGGUACCGAAGGCGCAGAGAUUAUCGUUCGAUACUCUGAGACUGUAGGAGAAGAUGGCUUGGUUCUGAUGCCCGAUCCUCUGUUCAAGGAGUUCGAGACAGGUGUCUUCUCCCGAAUCUUCUUGGCUGGCACUGGGGAAGCUGAGGUUUGGGAGCCAGACUUCAGCUUUACCAGUGCUAGAUACAUCCAGGUGGAAGGUGUAUCAUUGGCAGCCAAUGAUCAAUUGCCAAUCAUUCAUUCCGCAGUUGGUCGUCAUAUUUCAUCCGCUGCCAGAAAGCUCGGAACGAUGAAAACCGACAAAGAAGAUGUCAACUCGUUGCUCAACGCUCUCUACUGGUCGUUUGCUAGUAAUUUAUUCAGCUAUCACACGGAUUGUCCUCAGAUUGAGAAAUUCGGCUGGCUGGAAGUUACUCACCUGCUGGCUCCUGCCACACAAUACAUCCGCGAUAUGGAAUCCUUGUACAGUAAGAUUCUUGAUGAUAUCCUGGAUACCCAAGAGCCCAGCGGUCUUGUCCCAACUAUGGCGCCCGAAAUCCGCUACAUGUGUGGUCCCCUGCACGAUACUAUCACCUGGGGCUGUGCCUUGUGUCUGCUUCCUGAUAUCUUGAAGCAGUACUACGGCUCCACACAUGUCAUUCCGAAGAUAUACCCAGCUGCAGUUCGAUACAUGGAGUACAUACAGACCAAAGAGCGCAAAGGUGGAUUGAUCGAGCAUGGUCUUGGUGACUGGGGCCGAGGCAUUGCCUUUGGUAACAAUCAAGCCAAUAUUGAAACAGCCAUCUACUACCGAUGCCUCCAAUGCGUCGAGAUGAUGGCCCGUGAGCUCGGCAAGCACGACGAAGCCGAAAAGUUCAAUCAAUGGGCUGCACGCGUCUAUGCCACCUACAAUCGCCACCUCCUGGUGACCGAUGACGCCUCUCGCCCCUACGCAUAUUACACCUCGCUUGACAACUAUCCCGAGCGAGAUCGCGAUGCCAUUGCUCAAGCAAUGGCUCUGCAAUUUGGUCUUGUGCCUGCCGAGCACCACAAAGACGUGAUGGCCGCGUUCCUGGACGAUGUAUCAGACGGCAAGAUUCGCGCCGGGGAAAUUGGCCUCCGAUUCCUCUUCAACACUCUGACUGAUGCAAAGCGACCUGAUCUCGUGCUGCAAAUGGCUAGACAGGAAGAACACCCGUCUUAUAUGCGCUUCUUGCGCCGGGGAGAGACUACCUUGCUUGAAUUCUGGCAGGAUGAAUGCCGCAGUAAGUGUCAUGAUAUGCUGGGUACAAUCUACGAGUGGUUCUAUGCUGCCGUUCUAGGUCUGAAGCCAAUUUCGGAUGCAUACCGCACUUUUGAGAUUGAUCCUCCUUACAAUUCGGAGUUUGAGCAUGUGAGGGGGUCCGUUGAUUGCCCUUAUGGCUUGAUUGAGAUUGAGUACACCCGUUCCGAAGGUACCGUGACUUUGAACCUCACAGUUCCCUUUGGAACGACAGCUACGGUAAGACUACCCGGUGAUGUGAAGAAAGCUGAAUAUCGGAGGAAGGAGGUAGAGAGAACUUCCGUGGAGGGAGGGGACUUAAGGCUUACCCAUGGAUUGUAUAUUGUAAAUAUUGAAACUCUAUCUUCUAUGACUUGCUAA